AUGGACGGGCCGGGCCGGGCCGCGGAGCCCAGCGCAGGGGCGGACGAUGCGGCGGGCGGGCCCCGCUGGCCCCCGGCCCCCGAGGAGGGCGCGGAGCCCCUGGCAGAGCCGCUGUGCGCGACACCCCCCGGGACACCCCCGGCCGGCCCGCAGCCGACCCCCUCCCCCACGGUCCUGCCCACCCUCCUGGCCUACAGACCCGAGUCCUCAGAGACAAACGUACACCACGAGGCAGAGGAGGAUGCUGAGCCAACCUGCGAGUACUGUGGCAACCUGCUGAGGCCGUUCCCCUUCUCCCAGGAUGUGCCUCUCUCCGAGGACCAGGAGGACAAAUUCUGCUGCAAGCGCAGCCGGGAGCUCUAUGAGUUCAUCAUGAAGGAGAAGAAGAGGCUCGAGGAUGCCAGCAGCCUUCCCAGAGCUGUCAGCACCCAGGAAUCCCUCAGCUCUGAAGCCAACCUGCUGCUGUCAAAGGAGCAAGACAGCCAGAGGCAGCAGAAGAGACACCUGGCUAGAGAGUUGGCUGACCAGUCUUUAAGGCUGAGUGCCACUAAAGGGUUGCAGCAGGCUGGAUCCGCUUCCCACAAGCCUUCCCAGGAACGCACGUCUCCCAAAGGCGGGACACCGGCGCCUCCUGCAAGCGCAGCCAAGCACCAGCCCUGGGCCAAGGAGAAGCACAAGCUCGGACCCGAGCCCUGGCCCGAUGACGAGAAGCCUGAACUAGAAUCCCAGCCCAAAGAGGAGCCUGAACUGGAAUUCCAGCCUAAGGAGAAACCUGAACUGGAACCCCGGCCCGAGGAGGAGCCUGAGGAAGAGCCCCAGCCCGAGGAGGAGUCUGAGCUGGAGCUUUGGCCUGAGGAGGAGCCCGAGCUGGAGAACGAGCCCGAGCUGGAGAACGAACCCAAGUCCCAGCCCGAAGAGGAGCGUGAGUCCAAGAAAGAGCCCAAGCACGACAAGAAGCCCGUGUCCCGCAGCGUCCUCUGCUACGAAUUCAGUCUUCUGGGGAAGAAGGUGGGGAAGGGUAAACUGGUGCAGAAGUACUACAAAAAUGGAAAGAAAUUCCUUACCAUGCUCCCAGACGGAACAUCGCAGUUAUUCUAUCCAUCUGGAAACCUGGCCAUCAUCAUUGCACAGGCCACAGACCAGCUGAUGUGCAUAGUACAGGAAGACGAGCCAAGGACAGCCAAAAUCCGAGCACUGUUUCAGUCUGAUGGCAGGAGCACAUGCUAUUACCCUUCCGGAGAUGAGUGGAUAAAUAUGAGUACGCAGGGUGGGCAGUAUUUGGACCAAGCAGGCAACAGGGUAAGAAGGUGGAUGUGGCCAAACUUGUUACCAGAGCCCCAGGUCCCACUGAGCCCCAUUUUCAUCUCACUGAACCACUACGUGGGGGUCAGGAUCCUGGCCCAGGACAAGAUCUUCGUCUCCUUCCUCGCCAUGGGGCGACAAGCAAAACUCAACAUGGGAACCAAAGUGCAGGUCAGCACUGACAGCCAGCUGCCUCCUCCAGCCCGGCUGGGUGAGGAUGAGCUGCUGCUGCUCGCCUUCCGCGUGAAGAUCCUGCAGCUCUUCGACAGGAUGCGGGGCUGCCUCACCUUCCCCUCCAGUGAGCAGUGGAACAAAAUGCAGCCUCCCAUGUACCUCAUCAGCCAGGCUGUGAAGAUCCUGGAGCUCUGCGUCACUGCUGACAUAAGCGAUGAGCUGGCCAACUCCAUCAAGGCGAUAGUAAAUGCCCAGCAGUUCUGACCAGU